CGGGGCGGCCUCCCGGAGAAGGGUCAUUUCCUGCCUUCUUAAAUUGGCUACGAGGAUCAAUUAUUUUGCUCCAAUCCUCCCAGCUUCAGUUGCUCUUUCAGUUCCCCAUUCCGCAAGAGUACUAGGCGACAGAGAGUUAUGGAGAAGCGCCUGCAGGAGGCUCAGCUGUACAAGGAGGAAGGGAACCAGCGGUACCGGGAAGGGAAGUACCGAGAUGCAGUGAGUAGAUACCAUCGAGCUCUGCUACAGCUGCGGGGUCUGGACCCAGAUCUGCCGUCCCCGAUACCAAAUCUAGGACCUCAGGGCCCAGCUCUCACACCUGAGCAAGAAAACGUGCUGCACACCACGCAGAGAGACUGCUACAACAAUCUAGCUGCCUGCCUUCUUCAGAUGGAGCCAGUAAACUAUGAGCGAGUAAAGGAAUACAGUCAGAAAGUUCUGGAACGACAGCCUGAUAAUGCCAAGGCAUUGUACCGGGCCGGAGUGGCCUUUUUCCAUCUGCAGGACUAUGACCGAGCUCGGCACUACCUCCUGGCUGCCGUCAAUAGGCAGCCAAAAGAUGCCAACGUCCAGCGGUACCUCCAGAUGACACAGUCAGAACUCAAGAGCUAUCAUCGGAAAGAGAAGCAGCUCUACCUGGGCAUGUUUGGCUAACGAAGAAGAAAGAUGCUCCUCCACUUGAACUUGGAUGGACCAUUAAAGAUCCAUCAAGGGGAAACCUGAGCCUCAGCAAGAGAAGCUAACCCCAUACCUCUGACCCACAUGGAUUUCUGUUCUGUUUCCAGUUCUGCACGAACUUUUUACUAUUUACACGGUCCGUGUCAUUUUUUUUGUCUCUCCAUCUGUGUAUUUGUAUAGCUUUCAAUACAUGUUAUUCUUG